AUGAACUAUUUGAAACGACGUUUCUCCUCCGGAGAUCUUCAAAAUGAAAAUGACGACAGUACAAUGACAAUGCCAACGUCAACGGAACCUCAUAUGAAUAUGACAUCCCAAAGUAAUGUAAGUCGUCAAUCAGCAUGGGAACCAAGAUCAUCAAAGUACACCAGUGCACCAAGUUCUCCUACUCGAAGUUUAUCGUUGGCAAAUCAAUUUAUGAAUGCUGCACGUGGUGUUGUUAACCAAGCUAUUCAACAAAUUCCACACCAACAAGCAGGAACAGGAUUGACACCAUCAUCAUCAUCUAUAUCUUAUACUCAUCCUCAUCAUCACCAUCAUCAUCAUUCUCAAUCGAUGCCAACAAAAGAUCAGCAACAAUCAAUAUCAAAAGAAAAAUUCAAAUUAUUAUUAGUUAUCGAUGAUCAACAUACUGAUUGGAGUAAAUAUUUCAAAGGCAAAAAAAUUUUUGCUGAUUAUGAUAUUCGUGUGGAACAGGCGGAAUUUAAAGAUAUUAAUUUGGCAGCUUAUUCUGAUGCGGGCACUUUAGUUGAUAUAAAUAUUUAUCGAAAUGGAACACAUGUCGUUCGAUCAUUUCGACCAGAUUUUGUGCUUGUUCGACAGUAUGUCAGAGAUAUUAAUAUUGAUUGGACAAAUCUUAUUCUUGGAAUGCAAUAUGGAGCUCUACCUGGUGUUAAUUCAAUGAAAGCCUUGUAUAAUUUUCGAGAUAAACCAUGGAUUUUUGCUGAAUUACUUAAUAUUCAACGACGUUUAGGUACAGAUCAAUUUCCACUAAUAAGUCAAGCUUAUUAUCCAAAUCAUCGAGAAAUGCUUAUUUCACCUCAAUUUCCAUCUGUAGUUAAAGUUGGACAUGCUCAUCAAGGUUUAGGAAAAGUAACUUAUAUUUUAAAAAAAUCAUUUACUUUCUCAUUAAGAAACGAAAUUUUGUUCUUUUUUUAUUUUUCUAAGAUUAGAGUUGAAAAUGCAUACGAUUAUCAAGAUCUAACAAGUGUUGUUGCAAUCAGUAAUUGCUAUUCAACAGUUGAACCAUAUAUUGAUGGACGUUGUGAUGUUUAUGUACAAAAAAUUGGACAAUAUUAUAAAGCUUUUAUUCGAAAAUCAUUAACUGGUAAUUGGAAAGCUAAUACAGGUUCAGCAAUGCUUGAACAAAUUGAAAUGACUGAUAGAUAUCGCUUGUGGAUUGAUGAAGUUAGUCAAUUAUUUGGUGGACUUGACAUGUGUGCUAUUGAAAUAGUUCAAUCAAAAGAUGGAAAAGAAUAUAUUGUACAGGUUAAUGAUAGUUGUAUGCAGUUAUUAGGCGAAUCACAAGAUGAAGAUCGUCGAUGUAUUGCAGAACUUGUACUGCACAAAAUGCAAAUCUAUUGUCGACCGGAUAAACAACCAACUAUGAUGACUCGAGUACCAAGUGUUGAGCAACCUAUUCAUGAAUUACCAAAAAUAACAAAGGUUCCAUCACCACUUAAUGACUCUAUAUCAGUUCCAACAACAAAUACGCAAACUGUACCAUCAUCAACAACACAAGUUUCUAAUAGCAAUCGUCGAGAAUUACCAAAUGUUCCACGUAAUACAACGAGUGUUGAUAAUCAAUCAUCAUCAGCUAUAAGUCAAAAUCCAUUCUAUAAUUCUUCAACGACAAAUACUACAAAUAGUAUUAGUACAUCACGUUCAACACCAUCACAAUGGAUGGGAAAUAUAGGACAAACACUUCGUAAACAAACAUCAAAUGUAGUUGAAGGUGGAGAUUCUGCUAAUAAAGAUGAAUCAGAAGAUACACUUGCAAAUUUAAAGAAAACAUUUGCUGGUAUUUUCGGCGAUAUAAUGUCUUGA